AUGUAGACAAAGCCUAACUUUGUAUUGUAGACCAGGGCUAAGAAAGCCUGGGGAAGUUUGUAUGCAAAGGACUUCUUACCUCAUUCAGUGUCCUUCUCUAACUGCGCCCCACCACCACUUGUCAUGGGCCCAUGAAUUAUUCAUGUCCAAUUAUUCCUUCUUCAGCCUCGCUGACAAUAAACAACAUUUUGUCUACAAAGAAAUUCUUUUGCAAGCCUCCCCCAUUAGGAUGACCCAAACUGUAUUUGAAAUCUUUCUUCAAGGACAUGAAGUGAAGAAUCAAUUCAUUGACUUUCUAGAGUUUAACAUAUGAGUUGUGGUCAAGUAACAUACAGAGAAGCCGAGAGAAUGAGCCUAAACCGUCUUAAACUCACCGAUGGUAAAUAAAUUAGAGUGGCUAAACUCUGGCAGGUCCCUGGGGCUUACAGAGUAAAACUCUAGUACUGGCUUUCUGAUGGCUGAAACUUUGCAUUGUAGUUACCCGCCUUUAUGGGCCUUAACUGCAGUGGCUAACUCCAGCACUUGAUCAGAGCGUGGGGAAGGGGGCAUUCCUGUCCGGCAGGGAGUGUCUCAGUAGUUUUCACUAGGAACAGGCAUGAAACCGAAAAGAGUGGUGGGUUAAGCAGUUAGAAAAGUGAGUGUAUGCUAAGCACUGUCUCAGAUGCAGAUGACUCUGCUGGAAGGAUGACAGGAAUCCGCAGGAGAGAAACAGACGCAGGGAUUGAAAUGGCUGAAGCUUUGGCCUAAAUAGAAGUAAAUGUGGAAGGGUUUUUCUAGAUCAGGGAAAUGAAUCAGAGGUGGGGUUUUUUGGCUAAUUCAAGCCACUCAUGCCCAUUCACUAAAAUGGUGUGAUUGUGCCUUGUCAUAUCCACAGAUGGAGAUGUAAACGUCCCUAAAGCACCGGGAGAAUCUAUUUCGGACCACUCGCUGUAAUGCUCACAAGGGGGCUUUAAGCCGACUUCAAGCGGCAGACAGUGAUACUGUGGCGUAAUGUAUUAACAGAGACCGCAGCAGCACAGGUUCUGCUCCUAGCUCGUAACGGUAGAAGAGCUGAAAUAAUGCGAGUAGGAUCCUAACUAGUCUGUGGCUCGAUAAUUGUCAGAGAGUUUCAGAAUUCAUUCUGAUUGCAUGCCUUUGCUUCAAACUGCUUGUCACCUUUCAACAGGAGUCCCGUUUCAGCUACAAAUGCUAUAUACUAUUAGUUUGUGUCCUUGCCAACACAUGCCUCUGGGAGGACCUCUCCCUGCUAUAAAUAAAUGCUGCCAAAUUCAACAAGCUGGACUGAGUUGCCUUUUGAAGUGCCUACUGGAAAUGGACUGUGGUAAACUGCACAUUGCUGAAAGAAUGGCGUUGAUUCAGACUGUAGCAGUUGAGGAAUAAAUUGAGUACGCCAAUUGGUUGAAUUUAACCCUUUUGACUAAACAAAGUUAGCCGAGCCCCUCCGGCAAAGCUGAGCGUGCUCUAGACACCAUGAACUUCGAUGUGAUCAAAGGCAAACCCAUCCGCAUUAUGUGGUCUCAGCGAGACCCCUCUCUGAGGAAGUCGGGGGUUGGGAAUGUCUUCAUCAAGAAUCUGGACAAAUCCAUAGACAACAAGGCACUUUAUGACACAUUCUCAGCAUUUGGGAAUAUCUUGUCCUGCAAGGUGGUGUGUGAUGAGAAUGGCUCUAAGGGCUACGCAUUUGUGCACUUUGAGACCCAGGAUGCUGCAGACAGAGCCAUCGAGAAGAUGAAUGGCAUGCUGCUAAACGACCGCAAAGUAUUUGUUGGGAGAUUCAAGUCCCGUAAGGAGCGGGAGGCUGAGCUGGGAGCCAAAGCAAAGGAGUUCACCAAUGUUUAUAUUAAAAAUUUUGGGGAUGACAUGGAUGAUGAGAGACUAAAGGAGCUCUUCAGCAAAUAUGGCAAGACACUGAGUGUUAAGGUGAUGACAGAUCCCACUGGAAAGUCCAAAGGCUUUGGGUUCGUGAGCUUCGAAAAACAUGAAGAUGCCAACAAGGCAGUGGAAGAAAUGAAUGGAAAGGAUAUUAAUGGAAAAAUGGUAUUUGUAGGCCGGGCACAGAAGAAAGUAGAGCGCCAGGCAGAGCUGAAACGGAAGUUUGAGCAGCUGAAACAAGAGAGAAUCAGCCGGUACCAGGGUGUUAAUCUGUACAUUAAGAACCUAGAUGACACUAUUGAUGAUGAAAAACUGAGGAAGGAGUUUUCGCCUUUUGGGUCUAUUACAAGUGCCAAGGUGAUGCUGGAGGAUGGACGAAGCAAAGGGUUUGGCUUCGUCUGCUUUUCCUCUCCAGAAGAAGCUACCAAAGCCGUGACUGAGAUGAAUGGGCGUAUCGUGGGCUCCAAGCCAUUGUAUGUUGCGCUGGCACAGAGGAAAGAGGAGCGAAAGGCCCACCUCACUAAUCAGUAUAUGCAGCGCAUUGCUGGAAUGAGAGCCCUGCCUGCGAACACAAUCAUUAACCAGUUCCAGCCAGCUGCUGGGGGGUACUUCAUGCCUGCUGUGCCCCAGGCUCAGAGCAGACCCACUUACUAUUCACCCAAUCAGAUGACGCAGAUGAGACCUAACCCACGCUGGCAGCAAGGGGGGAGACCUCAAGGAUUCCAAGGAAUGCCGAAUGCCAUGCGCCAGUCCGGACCGCGCCCAGCACUGCGCCAUCUGGCUCCUGCUGGCAAUGCUCAGGCCUCUCGUAGCCUCCCUGCUGCUGCCCAGAGAGUUGGCGUCACCACGGCAGCUCAGAAUUUAGCCCCUCGUCCGCCUGUAACUGCCCCGGCUCCCAGAGCAGUUCCCCCUUAUAAAUAUGCCUCAACGGUCCGCAGCCCACACCCAGCAGUACAGCCUUUGCAGGUACCUCAGCCUGCGGUACACGUCCAGGGACAGGAACCUUUAACUGCGUCUAUGCUAGCUGCUGCCCCUCCCCAGGAACAGAAACAGAUGCUGGGAGAACGUUUGUUCCCCCUGAUCCAAGCUAUGCACCCCAGCCUUGCAGGGAAGAUCACAGGAAUGCUACUAGAGAUUGACAAUUCAGAGCUACUGCACAUGCUGGAGUCUCCAGAAUCCCUCCGGUCAAAGGUGGAGGAGGCUGUUGCAGUGUUGCAGGCUCACCAAGCCAAGAAAGAAGCUGCCCAGAAGGUGGGCGUGGUUGCUGCUACCUCUUAAACCAGGAAGACUGGAUGCAAAGAAGCCAAAUAACCCCUCCACAGACAUCAGCUCAAGAUGUUUGGAGAUGCCCUUUGCUGUCCUGCAGAUCUCAACACCAUAUCACAUAGCUAUACCGUAUUUUGUAAUUUAGUCUUUAAAAAUCUUGUUUAAAAAGUCAAUUCCAUGACACUUUAAGUUUCCAAGACCAGGAUUAAGUUUGCAAGCUUUUCCUUUGUGGCCAGGACAGAGCUAAUCUUUGUCUUUUCUAAGCAGGACAUUGAGGAUUUCUGAUUGAAAGUUUUUUGUGGGUUUGGUUUUUAACUGAACAAUCCAGUUUGUGAAGUCUGGAAAGCCUUUAUCAAUAAAGGAAUAAAACCUUUCA